GAAAAAAGAGGUACAGAGGGAGCGCGUGAAAGAGCUUCUAUUUCCUAUGGAUAAUCAGCUGUAUGUAUUUAACAGUUUGACGAAGAGCCGCAGCCGCUUCUUGAGCUGAUAUUUUCACAUGUUAAAGGUCUUCGUGAGCCACUCGAGACAAGGAGAGGCAUCUUGUCUUGACAUUAUGCAAAGUUUACUGGGAGUCUCGCACCUUUUAUCGGUUCUUUUGCUGCAACUUGCACGUGCGCAGAUUUCCCACCCUCCAGAAGGGAGUCACUCGAGAGUGAUGGGGUAGGAGGUGUGGGUGAAAAGCAUGUGUCGGCCCAUGGAGCAGUUGGUGGAUGUGGAGCAGGAGUACCCUGGAGAGGUGGAGUACAUCUACAUGCCUGCGUGUGUCCCACUUUGGCGCUGCUCUGGUUGCUGUGGGGACGAGAACCUGGAGUGCCAGGCUACACUUGAAAGCAACAUCACACUGCAGGUGAUGAGGAUUCAUCCCAUGAUAUCCAUGCACCAUGUGGAACUCGCCUUUGUGGAGCAUCAGAGAUGUGAAUGCAGAGCCCGUCAGAAGCUUCUGAAUAAUAAAAGCAGUGAGUCUAUCAAGAACAGACCCCGGAGGAGGAAACACAAGAAGACAGCAAGCGGCUGUGGCAAGUGCCAGUUGCCUCAAAACAAGAUAAAUCUUCACUGAACCAAAUGCCUGUGCAUAGUUUUGGAGGAGUGUCAAACAGCAGAUCAUCAAUGAACGAAUCAUCUCUGACUAUUUGCCUUCUGUCCAUUAUAAUUUCCUGUUACGGUCCAUUCAUCCAGACUCUGCAUCCUGUCCAUGAUAUUCUUAUAUAUUAUAAUUCAUUAUCAAAGCAAAUGACCAUAUCUGCUAAAGUCUUUUGGCUCUAACUGCUGUGUUUAACAGAUCAAAAUCAAUAUUUUAACAGAACAUUUAUCCAGUUUUUACUGAUUAACACUUAGAUCAAUAGCGACAUCUACAGAAAGAGAAAACCUUCUUCAUUACUUAAUGUUCAUGUUUGCCUUUUGCAGAGUGACUCCUGCUUUAAUAGAUAUGAAACUGAAAAAAAUAUAUUGUGUAUGUGACUUUCUGUAACGUGUUGUGGGACAUGCUUUGUUUCUAAAUGAAUAAAAUGCAGUCCAAAUACAA